GCCGCGAUUUCUCAUUCGGUUGAUCGGGGUCGAGAGCCUUUGCGGAGGCGCCUGAUUUCUGACUCUGGCUGAGAACGGAUGAUGUCAAUCUAUUCGUGCCUGCCUCCGAGUCAUCAGAUGCACAUGCGGAUGAAAACUUUGGCACACACCUUGAUUAGCGGAACCUGAAGCGCUGGUAUUCAAGAAAGACGGCGAGGAGCCUUCCAGAUUUGUCCCUCCUCCCCCCCCACUUUCUCUACACGCCAUGGAAGUGGCCAAUCUAGUCCUGGCUGUCGCUAUGGGCUUGAGCAUUGCCAUCGCUUCGAUCAAUUGGGCCAACAGUAUUCGACAGGGACGCGUUCGAGUGGAAGACUGGAGUCGAUUCGAAGACAGCGGCUACUCCCUCCGGGAAGAGGACGUGUUCUUGAAAAGACUCGAACACAGGAAAUACGUUGUGCUCGGCCUCCUUCUAGCCAACCUUGUGUUCGAAAUCUCCGGUGCGCAGCCGACACUUGCAGCGGUGAUCUCUAUCUAUAUGCUCCUCCUCGUCCUCUUUUCUGCACACGAAACCUACGUGUAUCAUCUCUCCGCCCUCACUCUCGUUGGGAGCUUGAUCAGUGGACGGACACUACUUCUGCCAACAUACACCCAUAGGAACUGGACGCACGGCCUGGUCUUCGCGAUGAAUGCACUUCUGUGCUUGAUCUCGCUCACCACUCCUCUAUCUCCUCCCAUGACGUACGGGAGGACGCGGCGCGUCGCUGAAAACGCGACAGGGUCCAUCCUAAACUCGGCGCUGUUCCUGUUCACAACGGAGAUUUUCUCGCUGCGUCAUCUCCCCUCGUUCGAGAUCCACGACCUGCCGAUCUUGCCAGCCAACAUUCGCACAGCCUGGAAUCUAUCGGCUCCCCACUCGGGUGCACAUCCGAUUAUCUCCCAGCUGUUGCGCGUCAAUCUCUCAUCAGUGACCCGUGUGGGACUGCUUUCGUUUGGGCUGGCAUUUGUCUACUACGCGCCGUCGUUCUUCCUGAACAGAUUCCUCCAGUAUCUCGAAGACGAUACGAGCCGGUCCGAGAGAGGCGCAGCUUGGAUAUGGGUCUGCGGUCUGGGUGUAGCGCAUCUUGCGCUCGCAUUAGCCAUGUCGCAACAGCAAUUCGUUGGCCACGUUCUCAAAAUCAAACUCCGUCUUCAGCUGAACACGCUUCUGUUCUCAAAGACGCUGCUGAGGCAGAAUGUGUCUGCAGAGUCCUCCGAGGACGCCGUCAACUCAAAGGCGGAUAUCAUCGCUCUCAUGUCCAGUGACGUCGAGCAAGUCGUGGGUUUGGCUGAUGCGAUUUACGACAUCGUGGACACACCCGUAGAGAUUCUGGUGGGUAUAUUCUUCCUCUACAGGCUUCUCGGCGUUUCGUCCCUUGUUGGCCUCGUUGUGGUUCUGAUUUGCCUUCCUCUCCACCACGUGAGUGGAUCUGUCGUGGCUCAAACGCAACGGAAUUUGGUGCAUGCGCGGGAUGAACGGAUUGCGCUAACAAACGAGAUCCUCGGAGCUAUUCGUAUGCUCAAGUUUAUGGCUUGGGAAACACGGUUUGAGGAAAAGGUUCUCCGGAUCAGAAUGAAAGAGUUGGCAUACCAAAAGCUGACAUACACAAUCGAGAUGCUGUGGACAGCAAUGGGUGACUCCAUCCCGAUACUUUUUGCGAUCACUUCAUUCUGGCAUUUCACUGUCAUAAGAGGACAGGAUUUGACCCCAGCCAUCGCCUUUACUGCUCUUUCGAUAUUCACCGAGAUCCAAUUUGCGAUCAAGGGAAUUCCUGCCGCUAUCAUCAACAUCAUCAAAGCUUCUGUCUCCCUCGAUCGUAUCCAAAGAUAUCUAGACAGUCCCGAAGUGACACCUGUUGUUUCUGGGAUUUCUGCUUCAAUCGAGCUCAAAGCCGCCACAAUUGCCUGGCCGAAGGCGGCGCUGAGCUCGGAUUACGAGCAGUUCACCCUCAAGAACGCCACGGUCUCCUUUCCUUCCGGAUGCCUAAGCCUUGUUUGUGGGAAAUUCGGAUCAGGCAAAUCGCUGUUGCUAUUGGGACUCUUGGGUGAAGCAAACAUUGUGGAGGGGACAGUGACUUGUCCGCGCUCGCAUCCAAAUUCUCUGGAAUCGCUUUCCGGGUGGAUUGAUCCCGAAGGCUGGGUGGUUCCGGGUGUGACUGCCUAUGUUCCACAGACUGCGUGGCUGCGAAACCAGUCGAUCAAAGACAAUAUUCUGUUCCAUCUCCCGCUGGACGAAGCCCGCUAUCGUGCGACUCUGCAUGCCUGUGCUUUGGUUGCUGAUCUGCAAGUGCUCGAGGAUGGUGAUGAGUCUGAGAUUGGAGAGCAUGGGGUCAAUCUAUCUGGCGGCCAGAAAGCCCGAGUGUCGCUCGCUCGGGCAGUGUACAGCUGUGCUUCGACUCUCCUUCUCGACGACGUACUCUCCGCAGUGGACAGCCAUACAGCGCACCACAUCUACCAUCACUGUCUGACAGGGCCGCUGAUGCAAGACCGGACCGUCAUCCUUGUGUCGCAUCACGUGCAGCUCUGUGCGCCAGGAGCAGCCCUGGUCGUUGCACUCCAGGAUGGGAAGGUGGCGUUUCAAGGUGACGCGGAUGGGUUCAGCAGGAAAAUGGGGAUAUUUGACCUUUCUGAACACGGACGGGACAACACAGAGCCUGAUCGAGCCUCAAUGGCAACAGCAACUACAGUCGUAGACGACACGGAUCCUUCGCGGAGAAAACCCGCUCGUAAAUACGUCGAAGAAGAGUCCCGAUCUCAUGGUGUGAUAGACAGCGAUAUCUGGGUGACUUACAUGCGCGCAGCUGGAAGUUAUCGGUAUUGGAUGGGCCUGGCGGUCAUUUUGUUUAUGGGAGGGGCCAGUGCUCUCUUGGAAAACGGAACAUGGUCAGCCUCGGACGCGACAGAGAGCAGAGGAGCAAUGUUUUAUGUCGGGGUUUAUGCUGGAUUGACUCUCGCUGGCCUGGCAGUCAAGACGUUCAGAUGGUUCAUGCUCUAUUCCGGUUCAAUUCAAGCGUCUCGUACGAUCUUUCAAGAUCUCCUCCACUCGAUUCUGAAUACCACCAUCCACUUCCACGACACCAUCUCACGUGGUCGCGUCCUCAACCGGUUCGGCAAGGAUCUCGAAGCUAUUGAUAAGCAGGUAGCUGUCACUGUGGGUCAUUCUGUGAUGGCUCUCGUGUCAGCCAUGAUCACCUUCUGUGUGAUGACCUUGAUCGGGGGCUGGGUAUUCUUCGCGGUCUCUCUGUUUUUAGGGGCUGUGUACUUCCACUCGUCGAUAUCAAGUUCCCCACUUCAUUCUGUUUACUGGGAGACCGUGUCCGGUAUCACCACGCUGCGCGCGUUUGGUGCAUCGUCGCAAUUUAUGACUAAUUUGAUCAAGAUAUUGGAUAAUAACACAGCCCCAUUGUACUGGACUGCCGCUAUGGGUCAAUGGCUGGGACUGCGCUCCAAUGCGCUUACCGGCGUCUUGACUUUUGCCGUAGCUAUCAUGGCUGUCUUCUCUCCCCGCAUCGAUGCUGGGUUGACUGGGUUUAUGAUCCUCUUCGCUACACAAGUGACCAACGAUUUUCAAAACAUGGUAGAUGCUGACUCACCCCGGAUCCGAUUUUUCACUUAUGCUUUUUCGGAGGCUAUGCGCUACUCGGGCCUCGAACAGGAUCUGGUCUCACUCGAACGCAUCAAAGAAUACUCCGAGCUGACUCCCGAAGUCUCUUCGGAUUGCGAGCUCAUUCCGCCGCCCAAGUGGCCACAGCAGGGCUCUAUCCGAUGCGAGAAUCUGGUUGUCCGCUACAGACCCGAGUCACCUCCGGUUCUGCACGGUUUGAAUUUCGACAUCAAGCCCGGAGAGAAGAUCGGGAUUGUGGGCCGCACAGGCUCUGGCAAGAGCACCCUUGCGCUCAGUCUGUUCCGAUUUAUCCCGCAUUUCGAAGGCGCGAUCUUCGUCGACGGGCUGGACAUCAGCAAGAUUGGUCUUGCCGAGCUUCGGCGCAGCUUGACUAUCAUCCCGCAGGAUCCGACGAUACUCAGCGGCACCCUGAGGUCUACUCUGGACGUGUUUGGCGAGCACACGGAUUCAGAGAUCUUCGACGCUCUCCGCCGCGUGCAUCUAAUCUCGAACCAAGAUUCUGAGCCAGACAUGGGUGGAGAACAAAUCAAUGUCUUCCAGAAUCUUGAUUCACCUGUCUCGGAAGGCGGUGACAAUUUGUCCCUGGGGGAGAAGCAACUGAUAUGCAUGGCAAGGGCCAUCCUCAAGCAUAGUCAGAUUCUGAUCAUGGAUGAGCUAGGUAUGCGGCAUAACACCAGUUUUUUUUUUGCAAUGACUCAACGCCAUCUCUGGAGCAUCGACUAUGCGACGGACGAGUUGAUCAACUCGACUAUCCACGACCACAGGGCAUUCAAGGCCAGCACAGUCUUGACGAUCGCCCAUCGACUUUCGACAAUCUUGACCUAUGACCGGAUCAUGGUCCUUGAUUCAGGGCAAAUAGUCGAAUUCGACAGGCAAGUGGUUUCUCCUGCUGCUCUGCUUGCCGACUCGACAACAAGAUUCCAUGCGAUGUACAAAGCGACUGGGGGCAGAAAGCCGGGAGUAUAGCUGGCUCAUGAUAGAUUGUGAUCAAUCCAAUAAAUAGAAGGCAGAGUCUGCAGGUGCAAUUAAAAUGAUGUUAUCCGCUGCA